GCUCACGUCGUCGUCCUCUUCAUCGUCUCGACGGGGCCGUGUGCGCGCGCAGCCGUUGCUUGUGGCAGAGCUGCGGACGCACAUUCUAUAGCCCUGUCGCUUCACCUGGCUGCUACUGCUACUGCUACUGCUGCUGCUGCUGCUGCUGAUGUGGUUGCUGCUGCUGGUGUCGUUGCUGCUGAUGCCCAUGGCUGAGGAGACCCCGCACCCAACGUUUCAACGUCUCACGUGUGCGCUCAAACUGCACGGGCAUCAUGUCAACCGAGGGACUGCUGGCCACGUCUGAAACGGAUGAGGAUGGCGCCCAUUUGGCCGAAGCUCUGCCACCAGCCGCUGAUGAGAGCGUGGCAGAGCCACACCAGGACCAGGCCCCGCUCCUUCCGCCAAGUGGGGAUGGUUCCAACCUAGGCGCUUCCGCGGACAGCGCCGAUGGGCAAGCUUCGGGUAUGCUGCCCGGCAUGGACACACUCAGCGAGUUUUUCGGCGAUCAGCGCCACGCCGUGGAUCUCGAGCAGCAACGCCUUGCCCAACUUGAACGCACCAAUCCCUUGGCUGCCGCCGACGCCUACCGCGACCACGCCGUCAUCCUCCUCUUGGAGGGCCGAUACUAUCUCAAAUACCAACACCACCCCGUCAGCGUUGCUCACCAGCGCUCCUUUGCCCUCAUCCACAUGUCCCGGUCCAACCUGUUCAAGUGGUUUGAGCUGAUUGCCGCCACGCUACUCCUGCUCCUUCUGGCCAAUGCUCCGUCACAAUGGACAGGUCGCCGCUUCACUUCAGCCCACGAACCCAGAGCGAGCUUCGCAAUGGGCUACUUCUCGCCAAUGGCCAUCGUUCGCGGCAACGACUUACUUGUUGAAAACUUUACCACAAGUCUCCACGCAACCUAUGCCAGCAUUUAUGCGACGCAAGCUACCAACGUCGUGCUGCGCAAUAUCGUGACGUCCACCAAUUUUGGCGGGGGUAUCAUGACGGCUGCCAGCCACGUACUCAUGGACCAAAUCACUUGCUAUCGGAUGGAACAACCGAACCACGUGUACGUUAAUGCCUACUUUUGCAUCUUCGUUCAGGAGGAAGCGGUCAAUGCAACACUCCGGGAGAGCGUCCUUUUUGGCCUCUCCACCGUUCUUCUGAUUCAAGGCACAGACACGCUGUUGGAGAACUUGAACAUCAAUUGGGCCCUCAACUCGGAUGGUCUCCCCUUUGCUCUUGGAUUCAAUACAUGCAACAUCAUGCCGGGCCCAUCGACCAACAAUACAAUGAUGCGCAACGUCAAGUCCUUGGCGCAAUUGGGAGGGUAUGGCCUCAACAUUUCUGGAACCGACACCCUGGUAGAGGAUUCCGUCUUUGGCCAUUUCUCUGAUAAUGUCGGGCUUAACAUGGCGCUUGCCGUCUACAUUCACCAUAUCAGCAGGAACACCCUCCUCCAGGGCUCUGACCGGUUUGCUUUAAGGCUUCAAGCCACCGUUGGCCUCGAGACCUUUGGGCAAAACGUCACGGUGCGCAAUGCCACCUUCAACAACAACAUGUACGAGUCAACGACCAUGAUCCGCGUGCGCGGAGGCUCUUGUCAGCUUGCCAACGUCCUCCUUGUCAAUUACCUGCCCUUGGAGGCCACUUGCGGCAUCACACUCCAGUAUGCCCUCAUGACCCUUUUCCAUCAUGUACCGAUGAUCUGCCAGGUUUACAAUUUGGCACAGCCCGGCUAUCCGUACAAGAAGCUUUCCGUGCCCGUCCUCUUUGAUAAGAAGACUCAGUUCAACGAUUUGGCCAAGCGUCCCGAGCUGGACCUGGAGCCGGCCGAUUUGGAAUCGGCCAUGACCGAGAUUGACGAGCUCGUGUAUCCCAACAUCAACGAUGGCUCUGACCGGUUUGCUUUAAGGCUUCAAGCCACCGUUGGCCUCGAGACCUUUGGGCAAAACGUCACAGUGCGCAAUGCCACCUUCAACAACAACAUGUACGAGCCAACGACCAUGAUCCGCGUGCGCGGAGGCUCUUGUCAGCUUGCCAACAUCCUCCUUGCCAACAACUCAGGCACUACACUUGCCGUCAAUUACCUGCCCUUCGGGUUUUCAUUGGUGGUGGCUGAACCGCGGGGCCGAGUCGUUUUCCAUGACAGAUAG